GCCUGGCAAUGCAGAGAGAGUAGUGCAUUCGAGGAGGUCAUGUUUGAAGCUGGACAACAUAAUAGCGAAAUUUGUAUUAUCCUUAAAAAUAAACAGAAUUCAUCGUCAAGGACGCGGACUAUUGUGGAGAAUCGAGGAGUGAUCAUUCUGUAUUUUGUUGACGGAGUCCAGAGAGCAUAGUUUGGAUGCCCAGAAAGCAGCUCCUUGAGGUUUCAUCAUGAAUAAAAACAAGCGAGGAGAAGAGAGGGAGCUCUACAGUUUAGAUGUCGGAGAUUCCACCUUCACUGUUCUGAAAUGCUACCAGAAUCUAAGGCCCAUCGGCUCAGGAGCACAGGGAAUCGUCUGUUCAGCGUAUGACCACAACCUUGAGAGAAAUGUGGCUAUUAAGAAGUUAAGUCGGCCGUUCCAGAACCAAACGCAUGCCAAGAGAGCGUACAGAGAACUGGUGUUAAUGAAAUGUGUCAAUCACAAAAAUAUCAUUGGCCUAAUAAAUGUAUUCAGCCCACAAAAAUCAUUAGAAGAAUUUGCAGACGUAUACAUUGUGAUGGAGCUGAUGGAUGCCAACUUGUGCCAGGUGAUUCAGAUGGAGCUGGAUCAUGAGAGGUUGUCCUACCUGCUCUACCAGAUGCUGUGUGGCAUCAAACACCUCCACGCUGCCGGCAUCAUACACAGGGAUCUAAAGCCCAGUAACAUUGUUGUGAAGUCAGACUGUACGUUGAAGAUCUUGGACUUUGGCUUGGCUCGGACGGCGGCUACAGGUCUGCUGAUGACCCCCUACGUAGUGACCAGAUACUACAGAGCACCAGAGGUCAUACUGGGGAUGGGCUACCAGGCCAACGUGGACAUAUGGUCUGUGGGAUGUAUUCUGGCAGAAAUGAUCCGCCACAAAAUCCUGUUCCCAGGAAGGGACUACAUUGACCAGUGGAACAAGGUGAUAGAGCAGCUUGGGACUCCGCCACAGGAGUUCCUGAUGAAGCUCAACCAAUCAGUGAGGACGUACGUAGAGAACAGGCCGCGUUACGCAGGAUACAGCUUUGACAAACUCUUCCCUGACGUCCUCUUCCCUGCAGACUCAGAGCACAACAAACUGAAAGCGAGCCAGGCCAGAGACCUGCUGUCUAAGAUGUUGGUGAUUGACUCGUCUGAGAGAAUCUCUGUGGACGAGGCCCUGAAACACCCCUAUAUCAACGUGUGGUACGACCCAGCAGAAGUGGAGGCGCCCCCUCCGAAGAUCACAGACAAGCAGCUGGAUGAGCGAGAGCAUACGGUGGAGGAGUGGAAAGACCUGAUCUGGAAGGAGGUGUAUGAGUGGGACGAUUGGACCAAGCAGAAUGGCGUGAUCAGAGGACAACCUCUUUUAGGUGCAGCAGUGAUUGACAGCUCCCCUCAAUACCCCUCGUCCUCCUCCUCAGGCAAUGACGUAUCCUCCAUGUCGACUGACCCCAGUGGCCCUAGUGAACCCACCAUGAACUCUGACACGGACAGCAGCCUGGACAGCCACACCUCUCUGGGAGCACUGGCCUGCUGCAGAUAACAUGCACACACAUACACUUCUGUCACAGUAUAUAGUUUAAAACACUUAAAGGGGCAAUCUGCGAUGGCUACAUUUUUUUCCUGCUUUUUUUAUUGAAUGAUAUAUACCAAUUGAUUCUUGAAGAAUAUAAUAUAUAAAUGCUUUUACUCCAUUGUUUGUAAACAAACUCUGUAUAGUCUCAAAACACGAUUUCAUUGUGUUUCCUCCAUUGUUUGAAAACAAUGCAAUUGUAAACAAACACUGUGUAUAGCCUCAAAACAUGGUUAAAAUUAUACUUUUGAUACUGUAUCAUGGAUGGUCAGUCCUUGCAUCCAUAGCUUUGUUUAUGAAUUUCAGAGCGAUUACAUUUCUCUAGCCCCAACCCUAAGUUGCUUACCAAAAACAGUGGCGGGGUGACUGCUUUAUUGUUGUUUAAACUGCAGAUUGCCCCUUUAAGAGUCCGUAAUAAAAUAAAAAUGUUUUUAUUUAUUUUGUAAAUGCACAGCUUUCAUUUGUUAUGUCCCUUAUAUCAGGCAUUGCCGAUUGUGUACAUGCUGUAAAUUACUAUAUUUAUUUAUUUUCUUGUGUCAGCUUCUGUCCCACCAAGCUGUGUAUGUCUAUGCUGUAAAUGAUAGUGGUUCAAAUCUCACAGUGGAUGGAACUUUUCCCCCUUUUCCCUAUAAGAAAGUGUUUUCUUACAAACACAUAUUUAUUUUCUAUUAUAAACUGGGUUGUUCGAGCCCUGAGUGCUGAUUGACUGACAGCUUUGUUAUAUGAGACCGUAUACCACAGGUAUGACAAAACAUUUAUUUUGCAUUAAAUUAAACCAUUAAAAAACCUGGCCCAAAUACCUUUGUCACUUAGCCAUCUUUGUUGCUUUGUUUCUUCAACCAGUGGCCCAUCCCACUUGGCUCUAACCCUUCAAUGUUUGUAGUUCUUUAGGUUUUGGAUAGGUAUGUACAGGUCUGCAAACAGCAAAGGGUUGGGGCCAAGGGGACGGGACAAAGGCUGCUUAUGUUUUAUUGGCGGAGCCAGGAGUCUUUCCUCAGGUCACAGGACCAGGAAAAUCUCCCAGCCCCAUUGAUUUGAUUUAAGUGCUCUUACAGUUCAGGGAUUUUUGAAAGUCGGGACAAUCCUUGACCGGCAGAUAAACUUUAUUUUUAAUGUUUAUUUUGUUGCAUUAUUUGAUCCUAAAAAUUACAUUUAGGGGAAUUUUAUCAGGGGAAAGAUUUGCUUUUGGAAUUUUCUAAAUAUUUUCAAUAUUACAAAUUUCCAUGUUGUCUCUAUGCCUGGAAAUGUCCUUUUCGGUAGCCAAGGGGGGCAAUUUCAAACUCUCCAAAAAAGUGUUUAAAAUUCUUAACGGCAAUAAUGAACAUUAACUGAAAAGGGAUCUUAGGUAGUUUUUGCAUUAGACCUCUAAAGGAAUAUUUCUCUCAAAACUGUGAUUCCUAAAAUAAAUUGUUAGGAGAUUUGAUGAACUCCGUCAGAUUUGUCUACAAUCAUUAAUUAAUCAAGAAUGAUCCGGGUCAGCUCCACCUCAUGGACCUUUUCUUAAUGUCCUCAUUACAUAUAGUGCAACAAAACCACUCAUGGUCUGCAAAGUGAUCUACUUUUGAUAGAUUUAAAGAAACAAUAUUGAAAUCAGUCAGUCACAUUUUUGUCUAACGUCAACUCCGCCAGAGUGCUGAAAUAUAUUAUAUAAUGGUUAUAUUUUUAUUGGGAAUUUUCAAAUAAAUCAUUUUCUAUAUUUUACAAAUGUUUGUAUUGAAGUUUUUUUUAAAUGCAAAAAUAUGUAUUUUGUUGUCAACUCCAUCAGUGGCUUGUCAUCUUCAUCACUGAUGGCUAACCCUCUUAAAGUCAAUAUUUUGUCAAUAUUCUGAAAAUAUAUACAGCUGAAGUCAGAGGUUUACAUACACCUUAGCCAAAUACAUUUAAAGUCAGUUUUUCACAAUUCCUGACAUUUAAUCCUAGUAAAAAUACCCGGUGUUAGGUCAGUUAG